AUGGACAGAAAUGAGGAGACGAAAAUGGAAGGAGGGUUGCUAAAGAAGCCUCUUCUUAUUGGAAAAGCUCCUGCCGGAAGCUACGACGGCGCCGGAGGAUCAUCGUCGCCCGCGGCCGUGAUCUUCAGCACGCUCUUAUCAUAUUCGUCACCAACCCAAGAUGGAAUUACCCAAGAUUUGGGACUCUCUGUUGCAGAUUACUCAAUGUUUGGGUCAAUUAUGACGGUUGGUGGGAUGAUUGGGGCUCUGUUUUGUGGGAGAAUGACGGCAGUUCUUGGUUGCAAAUACACGAUGUGGCUGUCACAGGUUUUCUGCACCACUGGCUGGCUUGCAAUAGCACUUGCCACUUUGCUGAUAAAUUUCGGAUGUUCAGUUGUUUUCUUGGUGGGAAAUUUUGUUUCCUGGCGCACAUUAGCCCUAAUUGGUCUUGUCCCGGGGAUCCUGCAACUUGUGGGGCUAUUUUUCAUUCCUGAGUCUCCAAGAUGGCUGGCAAAAGUUGGAAGAUGUAAAGAGUUUGAAGCUUCAUUGCAAUGGUUGAGAGGCAAGAACGUUGAUAUCUAUGAAGAAAAAGAAGAGAUCAAAAGUAGUGUGGAUUCUUUGAAAGAUGAUUCAAAUGCCAAAGUCAAGGACCUUUUCCAGAAGAAAUAUGCAUACUCCCUCAUUGUUGGACUUGGUCUAAUGCUUUUACAGCCACUUGGAGGCAAUUCAGGAAUUUCAUCCUAUGCUAGUGCUAUAGUUGAGAGAGCUGGAUUUCCAACUAGCACUGGUACCAUUAUUAUCUCAACAGUACAGGUACCAUCAGCGGCGGCAGGCCUGUUCUUAAUGGAUUUUGCAGGAAGCAGACCACUGCUCAUGGUUUCAGCUGGUGGAAUGUGUUUCUGUAGCUUUCUUGUCGGAUUAUCAUUUGUAUUGCAGGUAUACACAUCAGCUUUCUCAAUUGGUGCAGCAGGCAUUCCAUGGACCAUGAUGUCUGAGAUAUUUCCAAUGAACGUGAAGGCAGUAGCCGGAACUCUCGUCACAUUAGUCAAUUGGUCAUCUUCUUGGCUCGUCACGUAUACUUUCAACUUCAUGCUACAAUGUAGCGCCGCAGGGACAUUUUUCAUUUUCGCCUUAGUUUGUGGGGGAAUUGUUGUGUUCACCUGGAAACUGGUACCAGAGACCAAAGGAAGAACCCUUGAAGAGAUACAUGCAUCAAUGGAAACAGGUUGCUUGCACUAGAAGAUACAGACCUGGGUCAUAGCAUGUGCUGGGACGAGUGCCUCCAAAAUUUGAGGGACCUCCAAGUGCUGGGCUUGAUAAUGAUCAUGUUUGUGCUAGGGUGUUUUUUUUAAUAUAGUUUUGAUGAUAGUUAAAUUGAUAUAUUUUAAAUAAUAAAAUUAUAAAAUUACUGGAUAGGUCAUCUUAAAAUUAAUGAGUCUCAAAUGAGACACCCGAUCAAACAGUCCCUCUCCCUCCUUCAUCUUAUGCGGCCUUCCUG